AUGGCGACUGUCAUUCACAACCCCCUGAAAGCGCUUGGGGAUCAGUUCUACAAGGAAGCCAUUGAACACUGCCGUAGCUACAACUCGAGACUGUGUGCUGAGCGCAGCGUGCGCCUCCCCUUCCUUGACUCUCAGACUGGAGUUGCCCAGAACAACUGCUAUAUCUGGAUGGAAAAGAGACAUCGGGGACCAGGCCUAGCACCAGGACAGCUGUACACAUACCCUGCCCGCUGCUGGCGCAAGAAGAGACGACUGCACCCGCCUGAAGACCCCAAGCUGAGGCUACUGGAGAUAAAACCUGAAGUGGACCUGCCUCUGAAAAAGGAUGGAUUCACAUCAGAAAGUACCACAUUGGAAGCCUUGUUAAGAGGUGAAGGGAUUGAGAAGAAAGUGGAUGCCAAAGAAGAAGAGAGCAUCCAGGAAAUACAGAGGGUUCUGGAAAAUGAUGAAAAUGUAGAAGAAGUAAAUGAAGAGGAGGAUUUAGAAGAAGAUACUCCUAAACGAAAGAACAGGACCAGAGGACGGGCCCGUGGUUCUGCUGGUGGCAGGAGGAGGAAUGAUGCUUCCUCUCAGGAAGACCAGGAUAAACCGUACGUCUGUGAUAUCUGUGGUAAACGCUACAAGAACCGGCCAGGGCUCAGCUAUCAUUAUGCUCACACUCACCUAGCCAGUGAAGAAGGGGAUGAAGCCCGGGAGCAAGAGACACGGUCCCCCCCUGUCCACAGAAAUGAAAACCACAGACCCCAGAAAGGACCAGAUGGGACUGUCAUUCCCAAUAAUUACUGUGAUUUCUGCUUGGGAGGUUCCAGUAUGAACAAAAAAAGUGGCCGGCCAGAAGAACUAGUGUCCUGUGCAGACUGUGGACGCUCUGGUCAUCCCACCUGCCUGCAGUUCACCCUGAACAUGACCGAGGCUGUCAAAACCUACAAGUGGCAAUGCAUUGAGUGCAAAUCCUGCAUCCUUUGUGGAACCUCAGAGAAUGAUGACCAGCUACUCUUCUGUGAUGACUGUGACCGUGGCUAUCACAUGUAUUGUUUAAAUCCCCCUGUGGCUGAGCCCCCUGAAGGGAGCUGGAGUUGCCACUUGUGCUGGGAAUUACUCAAAGAAAAGGCAUCGGCCUUUGGCUGCCAGGCCUAGGGGGCUCCCCCAGGAUGCAGGAUGUCAUUUGCUCCUGUUGAGCUGGUACCAGCACACAAUUUCCAAACUCAGACCAAGCACCCACACCCACACACCUAGACAGACCAACACAAAAGAAAACAGUCACAGAGGGACACACAUGGACACUUGAAAACAAGAGGAGGUAUUUCUUUACCUCCUCGGGUAGGUUCCACGACUUCAGACAGCCCCCCUCCUGGGUCUUAUUGGAAGGAAUUUGUACUUUUCAAGAAAGAAAGCUCCAAUUCCUCCCCUGGCUUUCUCUCUCCCCCACUUCCCCAUUGAAAUUUCCCUCCCUUUUGUCUGAGCACUGAAGCUCUCUCACUGGUUUCUGGGCUAAAUGGAAGCCGUUCUGUGAACACUGAAUAGUCAUUCUUGUGCAGUCUAGUGUUUUAUGUUCUCUCUGUUCCAAGAAACCUUCAAUGAUUCUCCAACCCUUUGCCCUCUCACUUCCCCUCUCCUCCCCCUUCAGUACUCCCACCAGGCAAUGAUGCCUUCCACCCUUUCACUGGUUCAAGAGGAACGAUCAGUGACUCAUAACAAGCCUCAUUGGGAAUUUUCUGGUCCCAAAGGGGUCAUCAUCCUGAAAAUCUGAGUUGCCCCCAAACUGCCCUCAAAGACUGUAUGUGAAAAGAAAAGUUCUACUUUCCCGCUGCCCCAACAGAAUAUCCAGUGGCAUGAAUAACCCCACGGGGUCCAAAUCCACUAAAUCAAAUCAUUUGAUAGGAGAGUGGGGGAAAAAAAGAGCAGGAAGGAGAGGAAAAGGGGAAGAGAAUGACAGGAAAAUGUAAAUGAAGUCUUGUGCUACCAACCAGUGUUUGCUGUUUGCUCCCCAACCAAGAGAA